UGGCAGCAUGAGAAGUGCCAUCAAAUUCAAAACCCUCUUCGGCACUCUCGCAAGCAAAAAUCUCAGAACUUACCUGCAAACAUGCGGUUCCCUUCUCAAAACCCAAACCGAAAACCGGCGCAUCGCCGACGGAAUGGCCCUUCACGGCCAUCUGAUCAAAAUUGGUCUUUCAUCGGAGAGAUUUAUAGCCAUCAGGCUUCUAAUUAUGUACUUGGAUUCGAGAAAAUCUGAUGAAGUUAGUGAGAUCGUUAAGGGGUUCGAUGGGUUUGAUUCAACGGUGCAUAAUUGCUUGAUCAAUGCGAGCAUUCAAUGGGGAAAUCUCAAUGAAGCACGCCGCCUGUUUGAUGAAAUGCCUGAAAGAAACGAGGUUUCGUGGACUGCGUUGAUAUCGGGGUUAAUGAGAUGCGGAAGGGUGGACGAGUCGAUGUGGUACUUUGAGAGAAACCCGUUUCAUAAUGUGGUUUCUUGGACGGCUGGGAUUAGCGGGUUGGUGCAGAACGGGUUGAAUGUUGAAGCAUUGAAGCUUUUUCUGAAGAUGCUUGGUUCUGGGGUCAGGCCUAAUGAUGUUACAUUUACUUCUGUUGUUAGAGCUUGUGCCGGGUUUGGUGAGAUCGGUUGGGGGAUGAGUGUUUUAGGGUUGAUUGUUAAGACUGGAUAUGAACACAAUUUAUCGGUUUCUAAUUCCUUAAUUACAUUAUGUUUGAAGAUGGGCGAAAAGGCCUUGGCUAGGAGAGUAUUUGAUCAGAUGGAAAAGAGAGAUGUUGUAUCUUGGACCGCAAUCCUAGAUAUGUAUGUUGGGGCGGGAGACUUGAGAGAAGCGCGUCGAAUCUUUGAUGAGAUGCCAGAGAGAAACGAAGUCUCUUGGAGUGCAAUGAUUGCAAGGUACAGUCAGAGUGGACAUCCGGAAAAAGCCUUGAAACUGUUUCUUCAGAUGAUUCAAAGUGGAUUCAUCCCAAAUAGGUCUUGUUUGGCUAGCAUUCUUAGCACGCUGGCCACCCUCGAGGCUUUAAGAGUGGGAAUGAACAUCCAUGCACAUGUUGUGAAAAUUGGAUUCGAGAAAGAUGUCUUUAUCAGUAGCUCUCUCAUCGAUUUGUACUGCAAGUGUGGAGAAACUAAGGAUGGACGCACGGCAUUUGACUCGAUUCCAGAGAAGAAUGUGGUCUCGUGGAAUUCUAUGGUUGCCGGGUAUUGUCUGAAUGGAGAAAUGGAAGAAGCUAAGGUGUUGUUUGAUAGCAUACCCACACCAAACAAUAUAUCGUGGAAUACUAUGGUUGGAGGUUACUUAGAGAACAAACAAUUUGAUAAGGUAUUUGAAGUGUUUAAUGAGAUGCUUUUGUGUGGUGAAACUCCAAACAUAUCCACCUUUUCAAGUGUGCUCUCUGGUUGUGCGAGCAUAGCCUCGUUAGAGAAAGGAAAGAACCUUCACGGGAAAGCAGUUAAACAUGGAGUUCAAUAUGAUGUUUUUGUAGGUACUGCCCUAGCUGAUAUGUAUGCGAGAUCUGGGGAUAUUGAGAGUUCUAAGAGCGUGUUCGAUAGAAUGCCUGAGAAGAAUGAAAUCAGUUGGACUGUGAUGAUUCAGGGGCUAGCAGAAAAUGGUUUUGCUGCGGAAUCUCUGUUUUUGUUUGAGGAAAUGAAACGAACUUCAACUGUUGCUCCUAACGAGCUCAUGCUUUUAUCUGUUCUUUUCGCUUGUUCUCACACCGGCUUAAUCGACGAAGGAUUGCGGUACUUUAAUUCGAUGGAGGCUGUUUACGGUACAAAGCCAAAAGGAAGACACUACACCUGCGUGGUGGAUAUGCUGUCCCGUUCAGGACAACUUGUUGAAGCCGAAGAGCUUCUGAAAUCCAUGCCAUUUCAACCCGAGAGUAAUGCAUGGGCUGCUCUAUUGAGUGGGUGUAAUAGAUAUAAAAACGAGGAGAUAGCGGAACGGACAGCCAAAAAGCUUUCAGAAUUAGCAGAAAAGAACUCUUCAGGCUACGUAAUGUUGUCGAAUAUCUACUCUUCGGCCGGAAAAUGGACCGAUGUUAUGGAAAUUAGGAGAUUAAUGAGGGAUAGGGGGUUGAAGAAGAGUGGUGGAUGCAGUUGGGUUGAGGUGAGAAAUGAAGUCCACUGUUUUUAUUCAGAAGAAGCAUCUCACUGUCAGUUAGCGGCGAUUUACGAUCUGUUACAACUUCUACGAGUCGAAAUGCUGGCUAUCGAGGAGUGAAGAAGAAGAGAAUCUACUAAAUACCAUAAGUACACUAGCGUCUACUGAACGCCGAUUAAUUCAAGCUGGAAAUAUGUUUCAUUAGGGGUGAGAUUCUACUGCAAUAUACAAGUCUAAAAGAACAGAAACUGCUACAUUCUUUGUGUAUAUGGUUAGGGUUUAUGUAAAUUCCAGUCACCUCUACAGAAACAAGCGUUUCACCGUCCUCCUCCUCCUUCGCCUCGGUCUGGCACAAAUGUUGCUCUAUGCGUAUGAAUUCAUUUGAGUACAGAUAGUAUAUCUAUGUUUGCCCUCUUUGUUUUAGAGAUAAUCAACUGUUCUUAAACUGUUUUUAUAGUGAUUAGAACUUCCUUUAGAACUAAUGAAUCAAGUGAUCGCAGGAUAAGCUAAUUGAAACAACACAAAUAUGAGGAAGACUUGUUCCACUUUCUUAAGGUAUCAAUAUUUUUGAAGUUUGGAGGCUUAUGUCAAAUCUAUGACAAUUGUUCGAAUCGUUGUAUCUAAGUAUGCAUUAUACAUUCAAUUGAGCGAAUGACGCAUGUGUGCCAACGAAUUUCGAAGAGUUCAGCUUGGUUUUCUCUCUUUGAUCUUUAAUAUGAAAGUGUGAGGCACCUCUUUGUUGACUAAUCGAGUCCCUUCUCCAAGUUUUUAGUAGACAUUGGGUCGUUGUAAUUUGCUCUUCUGAAUAAGAAACAAACUGUCAUUGAAGGGAGAAGAAAAUGUACAAAAACUAAGUUUCCGUAAGCUUACACUCAUGCCUAAUAUUUUAUUUUCAUCUUUUCUUGGCAGGUAUUUUUAACAAUAGAUGCUAACAGUUUUCUUUAACACUAGGGCCAUUAAUUUAAGGGCUCGCUUGACAACCAUAUCGUUUUUUGUUUUUGCAGAGGUUGUAAUAAUUUUCCUUUGGUCUGUUGAUAAGUUUGUUUUUGUAGAUACCAGAGAACUACAUGGAAGAUCUCUGUGUGAAUAUCAAGGUCCGUACUUUCCCCCUUUUUAGUUCUUGGCAAUACAAGCAUCUUCAGAUUUUUGAAGAAAACUUGAGAGAUCAAUAGAUUUUGAUUGCAUAUUAAGAAAAGGGACCGGUUCAAUUGGGUAAUGAAAAAAGGAAAGAAAAGAAAUAUUUGUAAACAUACGGUACGUUCAAGAAUUUGUUCUUCUUUAUUGAGACCAUUUGAUUGCUAAGGAAAUCGAGGAAAAGAAAAUAAGGAAACUAAUUAAGAGUUGUUUGAGUUGUUUAUAGAGAGAGAGGACUUAGAAAAAACAACUAAUACUUUUGUUUAUGUAAUGGUUUUCAUGAAUUUCCUUUUGACUAAACAAAACAUAAUCAGUUUAUUUGCUUUACUGAGAA